UUUCAAUCUUCUGACAAUUUCUCUCUCACUCACUCUGUCACAGAGAUGGCUUCAACAGUGGCAGGAGUAUCCGCAAUUGCUCCCUAUUCAUCUCUCUCUACCGCCAAUUCCAAACCCUCGGAUCUAAUAAACCCCAAAUUAUGCUCUCUUCCGCUCAAUUGCAGCAACCAAUCCUUCUCCGCAUUUCGUUCUCGCCUCUGCAUCACCAAAAAUGCUCGACGCUUUUCACCAAUUGUCUAUUCCUCUUCUCCAGUUGUCAGCUCAGAGUAUUUGGAAGAACCUCAGACCAAGGUCAAAUUUCAAACUUCACUGAGCCUUCCUGGUUGUUCUUCCUCACUGUCAUUGCUUGGAACUGGAUACAGGGAAAAAGUGUUCGCUAUUAUUGGGGUGAAAGUGUAUGCUGCAGGAUUAUAUGCAAACCCAUCCAUCUUCAGUAAGUUAGAUGCUUGGAAAGGACGUUCGUCUGCCGAGUUACAAAAGGAUUCGUCAUUAUUUGAUGCAAUUUAUCAGGCUCCUCUCGAGAAAUCACUACAUAUUAUCUUAGUAAGAGAUCUAGAUGGUAAGACGUUUUGGGAUGCCUUGGAUGAAGCCCUUUCUCCAAGAAUUAAAUCACCGACUCCAGUAGAUGAAACUGCACUUUCAACAUUCCGAGGCAUCUUUCAAGGCCGUCCUCUUCAGAAAGGAACUUCCAUAUUUUUGACUUGGUUGGACACGGCAAAAAUGCUUGUUUUCGUAACACCUGAAGGAACUCCUUCUGUUGAUGCUGCAAUUGAGUCAUCAAAUGUUACAUCUGCUCUCUUUGAUGUGUUUCUUGGAGGUAAUCCAGUUUCCCCAUCGUUGAAAGCUUCAGCUUGUAUUGGAUUGGCUGCAGCUCUCAAGUAAUUGAAGAAAUGUGGAUUUUCUGUUAUUCUUUUACCUUUAAGCCUAGUUGUAUUCCUAAGAACAUAUUCAUUCCCCACCGAAGAGCUUGAGUUUUGACAUGCAUAUAACAUAUUAUUAUGUAUUUUCUAUUUAGUAUAAAAUCGAAGCACAAUUGCAAGUUCUUA